AUGAGCGCAAUCAGCAGCCGGCCUCUCGUAUCCACGCUUGGAGAAAGCAAACAAGAUACCAGCGAGUAUGGCUUUCCAGAUAUGAGCCUCCUAGACAUCACGGAAGGCGAAAACGAACGGAAGAUUCCGAUUGCCAAGUUCAUCGACGAUGUUGGCGCCUUUUGCAGCUCAUUUACACCCGUCCCAGCAUCGGCGGAGCUCCUCAUUGGUGCGUACACCGAACUACACGCCAAGUAUAAGUCCUUUGAAGUGUCGUUGACAAACAAACGAAAUUUCGAUGCGCUUCACAACAAUGCUGCCUCUCGAUGUAUUCUCACAACGCUAGAUGUUGGUUUUGAUCGCAUCUCGAAACCGACAUAG